AUGGCCAUCCCCGUCGUCGUUCUCGACCCCGAACUCACCGCGCCCGCCAAGCAAGCCUCGCAGCCGCAGGUCUUUCCCGCCUUCGCCUCGACGUCUGCUCCGCUCCGUCACGUUGAUGGCGCCUUUACCGACGCCGCCAAGAUACGCGAACUUGCACAGCAGGUUGACGUGCUAACGGUCGAGAUCGAGCACGUCAAUGUUGCCGCGCUCAAGGAGGUUGCGGACGAGUGUGCGACGACUGGCGGUCGAUCAGGCAAGGGCAUCAAGGUCUACCCUUCGCCCUCCAUCAUCGGCAUCAUUCAGGACAAGUACCUGCAGAAGGUCCACCUCGCCAAGCGCGGCGUCCCCGUUGCUCCCUUCCUUCCCAUCACCGCCGACUCGUCUGCCGUCUCUUCCGACGACCCGCUCGCCUCGCUCGUCCCGUCUGUCUUGGAGGCAGGAGAGAAGUUCGGCUACCCUCUCAUGCUCAAGUCUCGGCACCUCGCCUACGACGGCAAGGGCAACUUUGUCCUCCGGUCCUCCUCGCCUUCCGAUGUCCGCGCCGCUCUCGAAGCCCUCGUCCCCGCCUCUUCGCUCUCCUCUCCCUCCGCUCGACCCCUCACGGACCGCCUAUACGCCGAAUUAUUCGCUCCCUUCGUCAAGGAGGUUGCAGUCAUGGUCGCGCGCGGCGCAUCCGGCGAGACCCGCGCCUACCCCGCCGUCGAGACGAUCCACCGCGAUUCCGUCUGUCACAUCGUCUACGCCCCGCUUCGACCGCCUGUCGACCCGAAGAACGGUGUCGGCCGGGAACAGCGUGGCCAGAAUGCGGUGGUUGGCAAGUCGGUCAACGAGCGUGCGCAGGAGGACGCGCAGAAGGCGAUUGACGCGUUGGGCGAGGGUGCAGUGGGCGUCUUUGGCGUUGAGAUGUUCUUGAUGGCCGACGGCUCGCUCCUCCUCAACGAGAUCGCGCCCCGACCGCACAACUCGGGCCACUACACCAUCGAGGCUUGCAACGUCUCGCAAUACGUCUCGCACCUUUACGCCAUCCUCUCCCUCCCUCUUCCUCCCAUCACCUUCACUCCUCCCGCCGCCGCCAUGCUCAACCUCCUCGGGUACUCCGACUCGGCCAAGGACGACUUCCUUCGACCUGACGGUGUCGUCGCCAAGGCUGUAGAGCUCGGCGCCGCCAUCCACCUCUACGGCAAAGCCGGCUGUCGCAAAGGUCGCAAGAUGGGACACAUCACCGUCCUCGGCGCGUCCGACGCCGACGUCCGCACCAAGAUUGCGCAACUCGCUGCGGUCCUCCCGGGCUCGUACGCCGAACCCGACCGUGACGCCGACAUCUUCGAGACCUCGCCUCACAAGCCGUUCUCGAGCAACCACCCCCUCGUGUCGAUCGUCAUGGGCUCCGACUCCGACUUGCCCGUCAUGAAGCCCGCCGCGCAGAUCCUGACCAAGUUCGGCGUCGAGUUCGAGCUGUCGAUCGUUUCAGCUCACCGGACCGCGAUGCGCAUGGAGGAGUUUGCGCACAAGGCGGAGGAGCGUGGCGUGCGGGUCAUCAUCGCCGGUGCAGGAGGCGCAGCGCACCUUCCCGGCAUGGUCGCGAGCGCGACAUCCCUCCCCGUCGUCGGCGUGCCCGUCAAGGCUUCGGUUCUCGACGGAGUCGACUCGCUCUAUUCGAUCGUGCAGAUGCCGCGUGGCAUCCCCUGCGCGACCGUCGGCAUCAACAAUUCGACGAACGCGGCGCUCCUCGCGGUUCGCAUCCUGUCGACGUAUCAGCCGAGGCUGAGGAGGGCGCUCGAGGACUACGCGCACGGCCUCGAGGACGAGGUGCUCGCCAAGGUUGGCAAGAUUGAGGAGGUCGGAUGGGAUGCGUACGAGUACAAGAAGUAA